GUUCGAGACCUGCUCCCUGCCUGUUUCAUUACAAUACAUUUGGUUGUUCUGUAUCUCCUUUGUAAACCUGAAAACACCAACGUGUGGAAUAGGAGGGCCAGAAUGCACCCACAUUUAUUUCGGUCAGUACAGUAAAUUCCUCUGAAAAUGAAUGCCUUAUAUAUAUAUUUAGCCUUCUGUGUGUCAUUGAAUGUAAUUGCUUUGUGGCAUGAUUUGCAUUUCUAUUUAUCUGUUGCCAGUCGCUUUGUAACUCACCACACGCACAUGCAAAUUAACAUAAUGGUUUGUGUACUGUACACCGCAUUUAGGCCUAGCACACUCCUACUCUAAAGUGGCAUUUUUUUUGUAUUUUCUUUUUCCAUAUUUAUCUUUCUUUGGGAUUAAAAGAUAGGGUGAUCAUAACUAGUGCAGUAUGAUCAUAUAGACACCAGAUGUGGGAUUAACUCAACGUGAAAUGUUUACAGUAUAAAUAUUUUCAUGUGGCUUGCUGUUCUACUGCUCAAGGGUGGGUGUGGUUUGAGAUGGUGAUUUUGGACUGAAGGGAGUCAGGAGAGCAAAGGGAGCUCUGUUCAACUAAAAGGAAAUGGGCGUUUAGGGUUUCUUUUUUUAAAAACUCUGCAGCAUUCCUCCUCCUUUCCUCCUAAUGGAAACUUUGGAAAUGGAGUGAUUGAAAAAAAUAAAGGGGGAGUGGCAUGAGAGGCAAGGAGAGGACCACCAGAGGGGAAACUUACAGAGUUGUACAGAAGGAGAGGCCUGAUUCAGAGGAACGUGAAAUACACAAACUAAGGUGAGUAGAGAUUCUUCAAUGAUAAUUCGGACUUUCUGGAGUACAUUCACCAGAGGUUUAUUAUAUAAAUGUUAUUAUAUAAAUGUUUUAUAGGCGUACUUGUCAGAUUCUGGCUUUAUGAUGGAAGAAAAACAUGUUCUUAAAUCACCAGACUGAAGUAUUCAGAGCAUAACGCAUGGAACAAGUCUUAGAAUUGAGAAAGCUUGUGAUAAGCCAUUUUCUAUAAAUGUUUUGAUUUCCAUGCUAAUUCUCAUUCAACUUAACCGAUACAGUCACAUCUAAGACACCCAAGCCCUUCAUUCAGUUGUCAGAUGGAAUUUGUUUCAUUUAAUGGUAUAAUUUGACAAUCAUGAUUUACCCACCCCAAAUCGGGCCCCUCCUAAAGAUAGAGAUCUAUACAGACGUGUUCAUCGUUCUACCAUUUUUGCUGGGCUAAUUCAUCAUGUCCCCUGUGGUAAAAUUAUAUUUUUAUGUUUUUGACCACCAUACUACUACAAAACUACUAUAUUAUGACUAUGUUCAAUGUUUGCGGGUGUUGUUGUAAACAUCUAUUUGAUGAUUUAUUUAGCAAAACUGGAUUUGCUCUUUACAAGUUGAAAUGUUGUAAAGCUAAUAUUAAAACCAUUUGUUAGCCCAGUUUACUCCUCCAAAUUGUAAAGCACGUAUUCCCCUUUUCCGUCAUUGCAGACGUUUGAGGUUACUUCAGUAAAUAACGUGACACAAUUUUUAUUUCAACCAGCCCCGCCCUCUCGUUUAAAUACAUGUUUAUUACAGUGACACAGACCAGUCAAAGAGCCGUUUUAGAAAGAGUUAAUUGGCUCUCUGUUUUGUGGCCUUUUCACAGCUCAGACUUUCCAUUUGCGUUUGGGGUGAAAUCUAUUUGAGCUCAGAAGCACACAGUGGUGGAAAAAGUACUCAAUUGUCACAUUUGAGUAAAAGCAAAGAUACCUUAAUAGAAAAUGACUCAAGUAAAAGUCACCCCAGUAAAAUAUUACUUGAGUAAAAGUCUAAAAGUAACUUGUUUUAAAUGUACUUAAGUACAGUAGUUGAAAACAUACUCAAUUGUCAUACCUGAGUAAAAGUAAAAGUAAAUGCUAUACAUUACAUUCCUUUUGUUAAGAAAACCAGACAGCAGAAUUAUUUAGUUUUUAAAAAAAAUGUACAGACAGACAGGGGCAUUCUCCAACACUCAGACAUAAUUUACAAACACAGUAUUUGUAUUUAGUGAGUCUGCCAGAUAAGAGGCAGUAGGGAUGACAACAUGUUAUAUUGAUAGGUGUGUGAAUUGGACCAUAUUGCUGUCCUGCCUGAGCAUUCGAAAUGUGUACUCUUGGUGUCAGAGAAAAUGUAUGGGAGUAAAAGUAGGCAAAAAAAAAUGUGGAAUGUGGUGGAGUAAAAGUAAUAAAUAUAAAUAGUAAAGUAAAAGUACAGAUACCCCCAAAAACGUUACUUUAAAGUAUUUUUACUUAAAUACUUUACACCCCUGGAAGCACAGUAAACCUAUAUUAUGAGGUGGAUGUGGAGGUGCGGCAGUGUUUGUGAGGUGAACCUGAUGAAAAACAUACAUUUGCAAAUAUUACUUUAUAGCAUCUAGACCACAAGUUUUUUUUGCCAUAAUCAAAAUAUUGUUUUGGCUGCCCUUAAACCAAUAAAAACACCAACCAAGCCCGAACUGAAACAGUAAAUGUUGCCUGUUAUGUGCAAGCCAUCUGUGAUUUCAGCCAGAUUUCAAUCUCCAUUAUCUGACAGGGACCUUGUUCAGAUGGCGUACUUGCUGAUGUUUGUGACCCUGCUGCAUCUAAUCACCUUGGCCAUGCUCUUCAUUGCCACCAUGGAGAAGGUGAGAGACCUACUUCACCAAUAUAUAUUUUCAUUAUUGUUAGUUAAGAUAUAAAUGUGUGAUAAAAGUAGUUCAGCUUUUUCUCAUACAGUAGAUGUUUACCAUACAACAAAACCACUCCCUUCACUUGAACACGUUUCCUGCCUCUCUUUCCCUCUUAGUCCUGGUGGGUAUGGGAUGGGAUGGAGAACUCAGAUCUCUGGUAUAACUGUAGAUUUGACAAUGACACUGGAACCUGGUUGUGUGCCUCCACCAAGGAGACUGGUAAACAUAUUUUUUACCCCAUGACAUCAUUGAAAUCUUCCCUUCCCUGACAGUUUGAGGUGCAUAUUGAUAAAUCUUUCCUUGUCCUUCCUCAGAGUGGCUCCAAUCAGUCCAGGUGUUGAUGGUGCUGUCUGUGGUCUUCUCUUCAGUUUCCUUCCUAGUCUUCCUUGGGCAGCUCUUCACAAUGUCCAAAGGGGGGCUCUUCUACUUCACUGGGUUAUGUCAAGUCUUUGCAGGUAUGAAGUGAAACAAUGAACCAUCUCUAUCUGCCACCAGGCCUGUUGUAGUUGAUUUUGAAAAGGUAAUGUGGUCAGAAAAAACGCAUGGUCCUAACCAUCAGUGCUAGAUAAUGUUUACAAACAUUCACUCAUGCUGUGAAAGACCAACGAGCUCCCCUUAUGGUGAAAUACUGCUCUUGCAGUCUCCUUCAAAUCUUUUCAGCCUACCUCCGAAAGUUUUUCCAGUGCUGUGUUACGGUUGUUGUAAUAUAGCAAUUUGAUGAAAGUAUAGGAUAAUUUCAACACUGGUAUAGAGUGUCAGUUGUUGCGGCCCAAGUCAACCACUUUGCAAUAACCAGAAGACGAACCAUUAGCUUGUUCAUGAAUACAUGCCACAGUAGACCUACGACAACAUCAAUAACAAAUGCCUCUUCAGCAAAGCCCUCUUCAGUAUGGAAUCAAUCAAAUCAUAGGGGUGCUUAACUUCCCCCUUCAUUCCUUAAUUUCAUUAUUUAUUUCCUUUAUUUUGGACACUAUAAAAUAAACAGGGAGCCUAAAUUGUGCAUGGAGUUUCAUUGCCAUGCAUGCUGACAUCCAGGAUGUAAUUUUUGUGCUGCGAUUCCAAUUUAGUGACUUUUUCAUCCAAAUUAUCGUUUUCAGCUGCAAGCAAACGUUAUUUAUGAGAACUUGGAAUAGACGCAUGGCAGCGGGAAGAUGUUUUGCACUGGGGGUGCUGCAAUUAAUUAAUUAAUUUAUCAGGGGGUGCUGCAGCACCCUUAGCACACCUACUUCCUGCCAUUAUGCUGAUCGCCCACACCAAUCAGUCAUUGACAGCUCAUCAGAACAGUCCACACUCAGGCUCUUUAUACCUGACGGGAGGCGCGAAUUCAAGACUCUGAUUGGUGUGGGCACAUACUCACACCUGAUGCUCCUUUUCGUUGAUUACGGGGAGGUAACGCACACAGAAUAAUUUCAUUCUAAAACAGGCAGGAACAACAACAUAACACAGUAUACAGUAGAGUUAUCUUGAUGUGACUAAUUUAAGAGUGUUACAGGAAAGAAUAGAAUAGAUGCUUUAUUGUCUAUUGUUCAACGGAAAUGUGUCAUUUUGCUGUCACAGUACACUCAGUGCUUGACUUGGGCAGAAUCUCACUGGAGCUGAGUACCGGCACCUAAACUUUUCUACUGCUUGAGCUCCUGCGCCUCUUACAGAAUAUUAGCUCAAAACUAUUGUGGAGCUCCUUCACCUAAAUAUAAACAGUAACGGCACCCAAAAUGAGUACAGGCACCUAUUUCAGUCCAAGUUAAGCACUGAGUAUACCCCUAACUUAGCUCUGGCUUUUGAUUCUCUUAGGUCUCACUGCAUUUGCGGCUGCUCUCAUCUACACACUGCACAACCAAGAGAUCCUCCAGGACUCACAAGAGCUGAUCAAGGGACAUUUUGGCUACUGUUUCAUACUGGCCUGGGUGUGUGUACCGCUGCUACUGAUCAGUGGAGUCAUGUACAUCCACCUACGUAAGAAAGAG